CUAUAGUAAGACGAAUUUACAAGAAAAAGAGACGACAAGUGCAAAGUACAAAACCAAGGUUUGGAUGGAGUGGACUCUCGACCUUCAUCGCAAAUUCAUGGCUGCAGCCAACUUUCUUGGACAAGGAAGAUGCUACCCAAGGGAGAUUCUAGAAAUAAUGAAUGUACCAGGUCUUACCAGAAUGCAAGUGGCUAGUCAUCUUCAGAAAUGCCGCAACGCUAAGUGGCUGCCUCCAAACGAGAGAAAAUCAAAAGCAGCAGCUAAGAGCAGAAAAGAAAGCAAAGCUCCGAGGGCAAGACCACUGCGAUUCGGAGCUAUGCCUUUUGGGGAAGAUGAAGAUAAUCAUCAUCAUGGCUUCUACCUCUUAGAUUCAGACAUCAUGGAAGAAGAAUUCGGUUUUCCUGAUUAUCCUCUCACUAAUUUGGAGAAUCCUUUUCAAUUCAUAGAUUCGGAAAUGCAUUUCCACCAAGAUUUAGAGAUGGAUUUGAAUGAGGAUUGGGAUUCAUUCAUCCUUGACGGAGGGGAGGUGAGUGAUGUAGCUGUUGCAGCUUGUCAUGAUGGUUUAAAUCCUGAUAUGGAGAAUGAACAAGGCCAGAAGAGGGAGGGUUAAUUGAAAGUUUUAUAAUGCAUGCAUGUGUUAUGUAGUAUAUAUAUUCCAAUGCAUUGAAUAAAACUAGAUAUAUAGAUAAUUACUAGCUAGUUUCUCUAUCUACCUAAUUACUUAGAGUGUGAUAUAUAGUGCUCGUUGAUUGAACUACUUAAAAGUACAUAAGCAAGAUCACCGUCGCGACUACAGUGAGAUUAGCUAGGACUCAUAUGUAUAUUUUAUUGGAUGUGUGGUUACAUAAAAUAAAUAUUAAUUAUGAUAUAA